CCGCUCGCCGUGGCGCCCGCACUGCGUGGCCGGGGCGAGAGCGCUCGGUGCGCGCCCGGUGUCGGGUGCCGGCGGCGCGGGGCCGCGGCGAGCGUUGGUCCAACGCCCGCAGGCGGCAAACGGCCGCGGCGGGAUGGAGCGGUGGCUGAGGGAGCCCCCGCUCCGCCCCAGGGCUGCCCCGGGGCCCCGCCGGCGCCCCCCGCCGCCCCGGCCGCAGGGGGAGGCGCAGGGUCCCCCCAGGGUGCCGCACAUCAAAGUGGAGGAGCCCGAGCCGGGGGAGGCGGGGGGCGGGCUGAGGUGCUUCCCGGCGCCCUGGGAGGGUCGGGAGGCCCUCGGCUCCGUCCGGAGAGAAAUGGCCCGUGAGCGAGGCGGCGGUGGGAAGGAGCCGCGGGAAGCCGUUGCUGUCAAGGUGGAGCCGCCCGACGUGGCCCUUGAGCCCCGCGGGGUGAGGGCAGGAGCGGGCGCUGGCCCCGCUGCCCCCCCGUGCGGGCCUGCCCGUGCCGGCACCGAUGAGCGCAGGGUGCAGCCGUGUGAGGGGCUUGGGGUCCCCCCUGGAGAUCAGAAGGUCGCGGGUGUGCGCCAGCCCUUGGCUCCGGGGUCCCGCACACAAGGCCCUCUGCUGCCGGUGAAGCCAGUGCCGCUCAAAACAGAGUCUUUACCGGAGCCUUCAGUAAAGAUCGAAACUAAAAAUAUUCCCUUCACAGUACUGCCCUCCGAUUCAGGCAUGCCAGAUGCUCCAUUUAGCAAGGACAAAAGUGGCCAUGUAAAGCGUCCAAUGAACGCAUUUAUGGUGUGGGCUAGGAUUCAUCGGCCUGCCCUAGCAAAAGCUAACCCAACUGCCAAUAAUGCAGAAAUCAGUGUUCAGCUUGGAUUGGAGUGGAGCAAACUGACUGAAGAGCAGAAGCAGCCCUAUUAUGAUGAAGCUCAUAAAAUACAACAAAGGCACAGAGAAGAAUUUCCUGGUUGGGUUUAUCAACCACGACUAGGCAAAAGGAAGCGUUUUCCACUCCCCGUUUCUACUGUAUUUUCCAGCACUUCUCAGAGUAUCGUCACUACAAAUCCAGGUGGCAUUUAUCCCUUCCAGUCACCUGCUUUCUCUGUAUUCAUCCCCAAUGUUAAGAACAGUAUUGGACAUCCACCCUGUGAGCCUCCAUCUGCCAGCUGUCUGUCAGCUUCUUCCAUUCAACAUGCUGGUCCAAUUACUCUUUUCCAGACUACUAGUGCAAGCAUUGCAUCAGUGGCUGUUCCACUUCCAGCUCUGCCCCUGCACCCUGUAAUUUCACCACAGCACAUUGCUGAACCUGCUCAGAUAGCAGGUCUUGAUGUAUCAUUUGGGCUCAAUUGCUCUCUGAAAAGACCUACACCAGUUUUCAACAGAAACCCAAGUAACAUAACCACCACCAUUGGCAGAAUUUCUGUCUCUAAUAGUGAGCUGCCAAAGGAGUACCCAGGGGUUUCUGUUUUUCCUAGAGGGAUACCUCUUCCCCAAACUGCCCCUUUUCUUCACUCACAGCUCUAUGAGCCUCCUCGCACCCAUCAGCCAGCCAGUCUAUUUGGAAUGCCUCCUCAGUUUUCGUUUUACCACCGUUACUUUGUACCUGGACCGCAGUAUUUCCCCUCAAGCAUAUGCCCAUUCAGCCGACCUCCAUUUGCCUGUGGGAAUUUCUCCAGCUCAGUGCCUGAAUGCUUUGGCUUUUAUAAAAAUAGGUACCAAAGACAGGAGGUGAUGUUUUCUGCUAUGGAUGAAGGCUAUCCUUUCAAGCAAUCCCCAGAAGAAAGUACACGUCAGAACCAGCGCAGCUCUGAGAGCCUUCAAGUAGCGCCCUGUCACAGCAGCUACAACCAGGAGCAGUAUUUAAGCCCCCUACAACAACUGGAUGUUGACGUAGUGAGGGAGGUUUUAUCACCAUACAGGCCACCUACUCCCUCCACCAGCCGCAUAGUCAAUGUAACUGACACCGAUGAGGAAGAAGAAGUAAAGUUGUUGCAAGCAUUGUAAUUUUUAAAACGAAUUAUAAUCCAGAGAAAUAGAGAGUGGGCAAGAAAUGUUUUCAGUCAGUAUGUUCAAUGGAAAACGGUAACUUUGAAGAGUUUGAUGAUCUGCUAGUAUUUUAAGAGAUUGCAUGCAGAUCUGGGGAGGUCAAAAGCCUCUGGAAUUUUUCCUGCUUCAUCAGGGCAUUGUUUGGGUCAGAAAAGCACUUAACACAGGAAUUUAGCCUUAAGCAUGUGAUAAUGUGCUUUCCUGAGGAGAGAUGUAUUUAAGUGCAUCCUUUUAAUGCCCAAAUAGGCAUUCUGAUGGUAUUUGUCAUAAUUCUGUAGGUAUUACUUAGGAGUUUUAGCAAGUGAAAUAAUUCUGGUUUAUGACUUUAAUAUAAUUCUUACUGCAGUAAAAUAUUUUAAGGCCUGGAGAGUGAAGUCAAGAAUGAUUCAGCAAUGCUUUGUAUUUUUUCUUUGAUGAGACAGUUUUAAUGUGGUUAUUCUUAACUGUAGUCUGUAUUUGUGGUACAACUGUUGUAUCACACAUUGAAAACUUAGAUCAGUUUCAGUAAUAUCUUGGUCUGCAACCAGUUCCAUUAAUAAAAGGGGGAUUGUCCAGAAGGUAUGGCAAGGCAUGGUAGCACCCAGAGAGAGGAAAAUGGAUGGCAUCUGGCCCUGUGACUUACACUAGUGGGCUGUGACUUGAUCCCUGAGCAUAGUUAUAUUGUAAGGAAUUCUCCAGAGACAACCAAAUUAUCUGAAGAAUAUCAAAGGCUUUUAAUGGAGAGAGUAUCUGUGCUGAACUUGGAGAGUAAUGAAAUUCAAAACUUUUUGGCCAAACUUUGUAAUUCAUGUUAGUAACUUUUUUUUCUUUCUCCCUUGCUUUGCAGAAUAGAUGGUUAUUUUCCU